CGACCCGCCUUCAAGUGUCACCAAUAACCAAGCGGCUUGUUACCUGUUUAGUUUACAGUUUUUACCUUUUUUCAGUUGACUUAGAAAUUAAUGGUCUUUUCUCCAGUAAUUUUACUUUGUACGUGAAAAAAACCGGCGAAAGGAUCAGCUCUGUCCAAUUUCCACGAUGGGGGCACACGUUUCACGUACCGAUUUCGAGUGGGUCUACACCGAAGAGCCCCACGCCUCCAGAAGGAAAGAAAUUCUCGAAAAAUAUCCACAGAUAAAAAAACUGUUUGGAUAUGACCCAAAGUUUAAAUGGAUAGUGACUUUAAUGGUUUUAACACAGUUUGUAAUGAUGUACCUAUUGAAAGAUCAGUCAUGGCCUGUGAUAUUAAUAGCAUCUUAUUGCUUUGGAGGGGUAAUCAAUCAUUCAUUAAUGUUAGCAAUCCACGAAAUAGCGCAUAAUCUUGCUUUUGGACAUGCGAGACCAAUGGCAAAUAGAAUGCUCGGCUUGUUUGCAAAUCUUCCGAUCGGACUUCCAUUUUCAGUGACUUUUAAAUAUUAUCACCUUGAACACCAUAGGUAUCAAGGUGAUGAAAAAUUAGAUACAGACAUUCCAACAUACCUCGAGGCAAAGCUUUUCUGUACAACUUUUGGAAAGUUCAUUUGGCUUUGCUUUCAGCCUCUGUUCUAUGCUUUUCGCCCAGUUGUCACAUACCCGAAACCACCGACUUUGUUAGAAAUCGUCAACGUCAUUAUCCAGUUAUCUUUUAACUUUUUUAUCUGGCACAUGUGUGGCGGGAAGAUCCUUUUUUACAUGCUGGGCGGUUCUAUGAUGGCCAUGGGGCUACAUCCCGUAGCUGGUCAUUUUAUAUCGGAACACUACAUGUUCAGAAAAGGAUUUGAAACAUAUUCUUAUUAUGGAUGUCUUAAUAAGAUAACAUUUAAUGUUGGCUAUCACAACGAACAUCACGAUUUCCCUGCUGUUCCUGGUUCAAGGUUACCAGAGGUGAAAAAAAUAGCCCCUGAGUAUUAUGAUAAUUUGCCUCAACACCAUUCUUGGACAUCAGUAUUGUACGAUUUCGUUAUGGACCCUGAUGUAGGGCCCUAUGCUAGAAUGAAAAGGAAACAUCGUGGCCUUAAAUCGUAAACAGUAUUAAUGUAGUUCUACAAAUAAAUUAUUUUGUUAGACAUUUAAA